CACAAGUUAGCAGUCGUGCCAGUCAUGCCAGCAAGAAGAAGACGUGUGAAUUGUGUGCAUGCGUAAGAAGAGACUUAAAGACUAAGAUACUUUAGAAAUAGCAUACGAAAAGACUAAGAUGUCCGCCAACGAACCGCAACAGCGCAGCAAAGGGUGGGUUGCUAGCGUGACCAACUUCAGCAUCCAAUAUAAUUUGACUUGCGCUUCUACGGCAAUCGCGCUGAUAAAGGAGCCGAAGAAAGGGGGCCUAUUCCCGCCGGAGCCGGUCUGGGCGGAGAAGAUUCUGCUCGCGAGUGUGUUCGGGGGGACACUUGUUUAAGGUUGGAGACGCGGUAUCUGUAGUACUCAGAAAGAGUCAAAAACAUAUUUAUAGAUUUUUAUAUGACUACUUCUCUGUGAAAGAAGUUCAUGUUGGAGUUGCUUUUUCUAACCUAAUGGCAUGCUGACCAUGGGUACUCUGGGCGAUCGAAUAGGCUGUAAGCGAGCAAUGUUUAUCACGCAGAUGUUGACACUUCUGGCGACCUUGUGCUGCGCAUUCGUGGCACCAUGGUGGGCGGCUGGAGCUGGAGGUAUGGCUCAGGGUAAAUGAAUUUUCAGCAAUUGAAAAUGUCCGUGCGAGCACUAGAUGAUGACUUUCAGUAUUGUAUCUCAAAGUUCAUGCUUUUUUUUUUAUUCAUCUACGCAUCAAAAAAUGGCCUCCCAGAAGCAGACAAUGGCGGAGUACUCCUCUGCGCUUGAGUAAAAUAGUUUCUUGAAUUCUAAGGCCAGUGAGAUUAUUCAUCUACGUACAACUCAUGCUUGUAUCUCAAAGUUCAUGCUUUUUUUUUAUUCAUCUACCUGAAACAGGACGCAGAUGCUUCGGGGACUUGAUGGGCGUCCUCUUACAAACUUACUCCAUAGAAAUACUGACUUUGAAAAGUCCUAGCUAAACCUCAUUAUUCAUCUACGUACAACUUCGAUCUUGGUCUACUUUUUCAAUAGAGCGAAGUUGGUAAGCGGAUUUUUCGUGAUUCUAACAUCCUCGCCUGAUCCUCCAACUUGGGAUCUUAUGUGAAAAUACCGCUAAAAGUGACGAAAACGCAGCCGGCUUCAAUAUAGAGAUUGCGAGUCGGUCGAGCGGCACUGGUCCGAGCGGUAUUUUUCCCACGACUGGCGGACCCCGACGAGUAGCGGCGACAAUAGGGUCAUCUAGGAUUGAUGAGCAGGAAGAGGUAGGUGAAGCUAGUUCGGCAGGAGAUAUUCGGAUUGCGGAUCAACGUACUAGGAGGUUGCUGUCAUUAGCGACAGUGGAACAACUGCCACCGAACGAGCCAGUCGAAAGAAUCCGAGUUCGUGUCGACGAGAACAGAACCAGAAGGGUAUUGGAUGAGCAUGUAUCAGAGAAAACUGUUAAAAGGCAUUUCCACGAUGCUCAUGCCAGUGCUUCUACGAAUAGAGAGUCGAGAACAAAAACAGAGGACCCUAGUAUUACAGCUCCAACUUCUUCCACCACCAUGGAUGCGAACAUCUUCUAUGGCGUUUUCACCGUCGGCCGAUUUUUUCUUGGUUGGGGAGUUGGAGGCAUGUAUCCACUUGGCGCCGAACAGAGCAUCUCCAAAUUGCAGGAUGCUUCCCCUGCUGAGAUAGCACGCAAAGCUGGAUUCGCAUUUCUGUGGCAGACUCCAGGUGUGGUCUUUCCCUACGUCGUUUGCUUGGCUCUUUUGGUGUGCAUGGGUGGCGUUGGGACGACCGUGUCGUCUUUGCUUUUUCAGUUUCAAGUGGUCGUCGCCUUUGGGGCAGUGCCCUGUUUACUUGUCGUAUUGGAGCACCUCUUUUUCUCAUGGCGCGAAGAAGAUCCUAGAGAAAUGACUCAGUUUUUGGACUCUGAAUCAACGGCAAUAAUCGCAGCCCCAACGUCGAGCAACGGAGGGGCUAGUACAACGAAGCAAACACCAACAUCACAGACCAGGAGCCAUUCGACUCCAUCGCCAUCAGACCAUCGAGAAGGAACUAGAAGCAGUAGUCACAGUCUUAAUAGUCUUUUGUUGGCUUCUGGGGGAUCCUGGCUCCUAUUCGAUGUUAGCAUGUACGGGACGAGUGUCUUCGCUCCUUUCAUUUUAUGGUGCGGUAUUUAACAUUGAUGUUGUCCUCCGAUCGCCCCAAAAAAAGAGGUGUCUGCCUUGGAAGAUGAUUCUGUGCUAAGACCAUUCUUUUUCGCAUAUCUCAUGAAGAAGUGUCUGCCUUGGAAGAUGAUUCUGUGCUAAGACCAUUCUUUUUCGCAUAUCUUAUGUCUGGUUUCUUCUAAUUCCCUUAGAAAAAAUUUUGCCACCUGACGCGCCUCUGACGGCGGUGUGCACCCAGACGAUCCUGUCGAAUUUAGUAUCGGUCGUUGGUGCGGUUCUUUCGGUAUACCACAUUGCAGCAACCAGCUGCAGAGAUGGGAUGACACUUGGAUUUGCUCUCAUGACCGUUGCUUUCGCGCUCUUUGCGCUGCAGGUCCGCACAGAUGUGGGCGGAGGCUACCUGGCGCUGAUCUUGUAUUACAUUUAUGACUGGCUGAAAGUAUAGUAAGUGGAUCUAAUAUAAUGCUGAGGUACUUAUACCUAGCUUUGUUCCCAUCUACAACUGGACUUAUAGCUGUUUGCUGUAGUUGUACUAGAAUGCAAUCAAAGAGAUUUUUGUCACUACUUUGCAUUUGCUCCAGAUCAUCCUCCUCCUCUAAUCCUAUGUCCUCUUGUGUUGCCAAUUUGGACCGAACGUUGCCACGUAUGUGCUUCCUAUGGUGUGUUUUCCGAAGGAACGGCGUGUAACGUUUCAUGGACGCUCAGCAGCUUGCGGAAAGAUUGGGGCUGUCGCUGGCACGCUUCUUUUUAUGAGAUUUGAGAAAUGAAUUGAAAGUGAUAUGUUAAUCCAAAGUAAGUACUUAUGUGGAGUUCCUGAAACUACUGAACUUGGGAGGAAACGGGACCUUCUCAAACUGGACCUUCUCUAGAAGAAAGUUGUUGCAACAUGCGCUUUGUCGUGGCCUUCAUCUACAACGAACAUGAUCCCACACCCACCCACGAGACACCCACCCACCCGAACCCCAUGAAUUCUUCAUAGCGAACCCUUUGUUUUUGCCUGUCGUCGGCGUACCUGGUGUGAUGGCCAUUCAAGCAGUUGUAUGUUUUUUGGGUUAUCUGCUGGCUGAUCGCACCAUACCGAAGUAGCAUCAUUGUUAGUCAGAACGUCAGAUACAUAUAUCUAAUAAAUAUGUAAAAAUAUAAUGUUUCUUAGAUUGUAUUGCUGCCAACAAGUGUAGUAUAUGACUUUUCUGGAAUUUUGCUGCUGACAAAGAAGACUGAUUGGUCGAGUGUAAACUAGGUACUUGUUUGAGUUGUUUAUUUUCUUUCGCAAGUACUAGGUACUCGAACCAAUAUAUAUUGCAAUCUAGCACUAGUACUAAGUACUCGCACCGGCCAAUAGAUAGCAAUUCUUGCUUUCUACUAGGUAGGAGCUGGGGCUUGAGCCAAUCUGUUCGUUGGUCCAAUGGCCAAUUUUCUAUUGAUUCAUCACUUCUAGUUCUAUUAACGUCUUCGGCAUCUGGCCCACUAAGUUUAAGUCAUCAGGUGCGCGCAUAAGGAGCAUGUGAUAGCGCCGCAUAACAAGCGUGUGAUAUAUUGCGAAGAUUGAGAUGAUCAAGAAGAUAUAGACCUCGCGCAGAAGAUGUAGUGACCUACCGC